AUGGUGGACGAGAUGUUCGAUGUUGUUGUCGUUGGAUCUUGCUUUGUAGACUUGAUAUGUUAUGUUCCUUAUUUUCCAAAAUUUAAGGAGACAGUAAAAGGAAAUAAAUUCCAGUUAGACUUUGGUGGUAAAGCAGCCAAUCAAUGUAUUAUGGCUCAGAAACUUGGAGCAAAAACAACAAUGAUUGCAAAGAUUGGAAACGAUCAAUUUGGGCAAGAUACGAUGCAGAAUUUUACGAAGUUCGGAGUGAACGUUGAUUUUAUUUCGGUAACUGAUAAAGCAGAGACAGGUCUCACAAGCAUAGGUAAGACUUUUCCUUAACUUGGAUCCUUUACUUUCCGUAUAUGCACGUGCUUAGUUAAUUAACCCGUCUACAUCUUAUGUAUUCUUUCAUAGCAGCCUUGUGGUCUUAAUUUGUAACAGACUGCUUUGCUCGGUAAAAUAUUCCAUUUUUGGACAAUUAUUGAAUUAUUCACGGUACACCAGAUGAAGUACAGGUUUUUUAUCCUCCUAGAUAGGUUAGCCAAGGUAUACACGUAUGUUAAUUAUACAAACUGCAACUUUCUUUUUCAAAUCAAAUCACUUUUAAGAAUGUGGCUUUUGAUUAGCAGAAUGAUUUAACCUUCAUGUCCGUAUAUUACGCAUGGGGUAUAUAAAACCUUAAAAAAGUCGUAUAUUUUUCUCUUUUGUCUCUGUUGUGGGGUUUGAAAGGGGUGAACUAUGACAUAGUAAUUAAUUUUAUUUUUCUUAAAGUGAGUUUACAUUAUGUAUGAGAGAUUGUAUCUUUUUCUCCUUUUUUCAGCUGUUAACAAUGCUGGUGAGCCGGCAUUUAUAAGUAUGGCAGGAGCAAACAGGCAUCUUAUAAUUGAGGACAUCAUGGCAGCAGAAACUGUUAUUAAAUCUUGUCCUGUUAUGGUUUGUGAUAAGGGCAUACCUCUAAAGAUUGCAGCAGCAGCAUUGAAAUAUGGAAAGAGUUUAGACUGUAGAACAUUAUUUAAUCCUUCACCAAAAUUAGAGUUUGUGCCAGAUGAUGUUUAUGUGAACACUGAUGUUUUAGUUCUUAACAAGGAAGAAGGUGAAAGCUUGACAAGCAUUGCAGCAUGUGACUUUGAAGGAGUGAAAAAUGUAAUUUUGGAACUUCACAAGAGGGGUACUUCACAUGUAGUGCUGACACUUGGAUCAGAAGGAGCUAUCUCCUCUGAAAUGAAUCUAGAGCACAAGAGUGAGUUAUCUGUUUGAUUUUGUGAGAAAUAGAAAAUAAGCUUCAUUAUAAUCCAUAAUUUUGUUUGUUUCUUUGUGUGUGAUUCGUCUAAAUGAAUUAUGUGACUGAAUAUGCUUCAUAGCUCACAGUUUUCCUUGACCUAAACCCUCAGGAAACACUUUGCUUCUUGAAACAGAUAAUGUACUCAGAAAAAUAUCCAAGUAUUUUUUCAGGCCAAAUGAAGGCUACUGUUUAUUUGUAACCCUAUACUUUGCUUGGCCUUAAGCCUGUUUAGCUCAUGAUUCCAGAGAAAAAAAGGGAUAGAGUAAUUAAAUAAAUAAAACAAUAGCUAAGUAUCCUAAGUUAAAAGAAUUGGAAACUGUUCAGGAACAAAAGAUAAAUCUGUAAGUAAUGAAAUUAUUCUGAUGAUGGACUGAAGUGUAAAGUAUUCUAUGCCAUAGUUGACCACUUCAUACUCAACCAUUCCCCACUAAUUCUCAGUGAAGGAAUUUGUUUAUUCUCUUGAUUUUCAUUUUAUAUGCAACAUGUGUACGAUUAUUUUCAGUUCCAUUAAUGACACAUACCAGAGCAUCAACAGUUGAAGCAGUGGAUACAACUGGAGCUGGGGAUGCCUUAACAGGAGCAUUGGCUUUCUACUUGUCAUGUUAUCCUCAGCUUUCAUUUUCUGAAAUGGUAUCAAGAGCAGUACAUAUUGCAUCAAUUACCGUAACAGCUCAUGGUGUACAGUCCAGUUAUCCUACAAGAGACCAAAUAGAUGACUGGUUAUUUGAUGCUAAUUCAAGAACAUUUAAGGAGUUAGGCCUUGAAUUAUUGCACAAUGAAGUUAUAGAAGAUAAAGAUGUGGAAAAAUGUGAACAGUCAUCUGUAUUAUAAACCUUAACCUAACAGCUUAGGUUAUUAAAUUGCAAUUGUAAACCCAACAUUAACCCUUUCACUCCCGCAAGUGACCAAGAGAGAAUUUCUCCUUACAAUAUUAAUACAAUAUCAAGCAGGUAAGUGAUGAGAAUAGAGAAGAAUCUCAAUUAUGGGAUUGUUAGAAGAUCCAAUACCAAAUUCUCUGAAAUAACAUCAUAAGAAUUGUAUGGCAGAUAGUAAGGAGAAUUACUAAUUAGAUAUUGGGAAUGAAAGGGUUAACUAUAUAACUAUCUCUGACAGACUGUCAUAUUCUGAAAGACUGUUUGAAAAGUAAACACAUAGCUAAGAAGUAAAGCAUUAAGGGAGAAUAUGAAGUCUAUGAGAAAAUCCUUGAGAGUUGGGCAACGUUUUAAAAAUACUCAGGAAGCUGGACAGUUUUAUUGCCUUCUUAUAUAUGUCCAACAUAAUAAAGCACAUGUAAUAAAUUGGCCAUUUUUUCAGAUACAAACUGAAAAUGUGUUUUCAUUGAAGUUGCAGAUCCAAAUUUGACAACAAGUUAAUUUUUAGGUGGUAUUUAUUGAAAUUAGUAAUUUUUAAUUGGGUAUAGCAAGUAAUCUUGAAUUGCUUUGGUUUUGCUUUGCUCUCAUGUUGGCCCAGGAAACUUGGCAAUGUGUCAUUCUCUAAACCAAUCAUAUUUAAGACUAAAACCAAUUGCAUUUGUUUAUUCAUAUUUUCCUGUUCUUCAGGUAAUUUACCUUUGUUUGCUUAGACUUCUCAUUGGACCCUUGUAAAACUUUUCUUUGUUCUGUAGGCCUUUAGGAUGACUUUUUUUAAUUUUCAGCACUUGUCGAGCAGUACUUUAUGGCACAUGAUGUAUUUUUUUCCAUAGUUGUUUUUCAUUUUUGCCAUCAAAUUUUUAUGAUACUCCCAUACAAAAUCUCUUUAGGCAG